UGGAACCAAUAAGCACUUCUUCUUUUCGCAUCGUUUAAGUACACAUACCUACAGGGUAUUUUUGAAAACUGGGAAUUUCCACCAUUGGUUUUUGAAUGGUGUCACAUUCAGCAUCAAUCUGACAAAAACAAGGUCACAGUUGAACAAAAAAAUGAACAACUCAUCGAAUCCCGAUUACCUUUAUGAUGAUACUGAUGACAUGUGCGAUUCAGACGAGGUGGCCCGGUUUGGAUCCAUUGUCAUUCCUUUUUUCUUGUCUGUUGUGAUCACUCUGAGCCUCAUGGGGAACAUUCUGGUCCUCAUCAUCCUGGCAUUAUAUGAAAACCUCAAGUCUGUCACCAACAUUUUCAUCCUCAACCUGGCCAUUUCUGACCUCAUCUUCACCACCGGUCUCCCCUUCUGGGCAAUUUACCACAUAUGGGGUUGGAUAUUUCCAGAGUCCCUCUGCAAGGCUGUGACUUUUGUAUUCUUCACUGGGUUUUAUAGCAGCGUUCUCUUCCUGAGCAUCAUGACAAUCUACAGGUAUCUGGCUAUUGUUCAUCCCCUCUCUGAGCUCAGCACACUGAGAGUCAGAUGUGGGAUUCUUGUGUCUCUUGCUCUGUGGAUAGUCAGUGCUGGAGCAGCCGUCCCCUCUCUGUUGUACUCCUCUAUCACCGAAAUCCGCCACACCAAUGAAAUAGACAAGGGUUGUGAGUAUGAAGACAUCCUGUGGGAGACUAUCGGUGUAUGCCAGCAGAAUGUUUUCUUCUUGGCUGCUUUUGCAGUGAUGGCUUUCUGCUACAUCCAAAUAUUGCUAAAAAUCACAAGAACAAGAUCUCAGAGGAGGAAGAGAGCGGUGAAGCUAAUAUUCUGCAUCGUAGCUGUGUUUUUCCUGGGAUGGAUCCCGUAUAAUGUAAUCAUCUUUCUGAAGAUGUUGGCUAAACAUGUGGUCCCACCAUUUGAAGCAUGCGAGACAAGUAACCAAAUCGAGUAUGCUUUCCAUUUGUGCCGACUCGUUGCUUUCUCACACUGCUGCCUGAACCCCAUUUUUUAUGCAUUUGUCGGUGUCAAGUUUAGAAGUCAUUUGAAGUUACUGUUGAAACGAGUGUCUAGUCGUCCAGCUCCGGUGGAAAAAGAACAAAUGAGGAUGCAACACCUCAUCUCACAGGGGUCAUUGUAUUAGUUGUCGUUUAUAUUUCACAAUUAAUUUUCUACCAUUCACAAAUGGAGUUCAAUGUUAUAUUGAUACUUAUGGUUAGGACUGGGCCAUAUGGGAAAAAUAUCAUCACAAUACUUUUUCCAUAUUGACCAAUAAUAAGGGCGGCUUAGUGGUUACCAAGAUUGCUUCACAGCAAGAUGGUUGUGGGAUUGCUUUCCAGCAUGCCCUUUUUGUGUGGACUUUUCAUGUUCUCGUGUUUGGGUGGAUUCCCUCCGGGUGCUUCGGCUUGCUCUCGCUUCCAAGGACACGCAGAUUCGGUGACUGGAGGUGCUGAUUUGUUUGUCUUGCUAUAUAUAUUGGUGUGGGUGUGUAAACUAAAUCAUUAAAGGUGUAUUCUGUUUUGAUUAGGGAAAAAAAUUACUUUUUGCUGAAGUCGAGUUAUUAUAAAGUACCUUUACAAAAAAGGGGUGUCUAAAAACAAGAUAGAAACCCUAAAUCUGAGGGAAAAGGUACUCAAAACAAGUCAAAUUAUCUGUCCAUGUAGCAAGAUCAUUUCACUUGACAAGAUUCUUGAAUUAAGACUGUUAAAUCUAGAAAUAAGCAUGUUGAACACUGAAAAUAAGAAAUUGGCUCUUAAAACAAGAUAAAUAUCU